AUGACGACCCAGCGCCCCACCCCCUCCUCCGACGCCGCCACCAAGCAGCGCAUAAUCACCCACAUGAACACGGACCACUCCUCCUCCCUCAGCGACUUCCUCCAGCACUACUCCCGCCUGCCCCCGUCCCUCGCCGCCACCGCAGAACUCGUCGACAUCUCCCUCACGCAGCUGACAAUCUCCUCACGCUCCUCGCCCACCGCCACAACAACAACCUACAUCCCCAUCCGCCCCACGCCCAUGGAGACCUACACCGACGCGCGCGACAGAAUGGUCUACAUGCACCACGAGGCCCUCGAGGGGCUCGGAAAGAGCCCCAUUGUCAUCGACUUCUAUGUUCCCCCGCGCACGCUCGUGCACUUUCGGAGCAAUUUUGAGCCGGGGGCGGCGAUUCAUGACUAUCUAUUCUUCGCCCUCCCCACGCUCGCAGCGCUGUUUGCGCGCUUCCACUACGAGUGUCUGUUCCUGAUGGUGCUGGUGCAUGUCGCGGAGACGGUGCAUAUGGUGCGGAGCCGGCUGUGGAGGCACCAGACGCCGAGGUUUGAGCGCGCGUGGUGGAUGUGGGUGCUGGGGACGUAUCUGGAGGGCUUUGGAAGCUUCUUGAGGUUUGAUGAGGCGGUGGAGGGGGUUAGGGCGAAGAGGGCAAAGGCGACGCAUUAA